AUGCAAGGUGCAAUGCCGUUCAAAGGAAACUACAUUACUUACUACGACUUCAAAACGAAUCGUGUCGCCGUCAUUGACGAGACGCUGAAAAGCAACAGCAAGAUGUGUUUCGUGAUGCCACUCGACCGAUCGAAUUUGCGCGACGCAGACACGAUGCGGCGUGCUGCCGGAAGAUCAACAAAUAAAGAGUCCCAAAGCAAAGGCUGGGAUGAAAGUUGGCAAUAUCUGCCAGCUCCAAUGACAACGAACGGUCAAAAAAUAUUCGAUCCACCAAUUCCCGAAUGUGAAGGUGCUCGAUGGGUUCAGUUGGACUACGUGGCCAGUAAUCAGAAGAAAUCGAAAAUGCUCUGA